CGCGAGUUGGAGAGAAAGGAACGUGACUCCCGAGAAUUAAAGAAGCACAAAUAAUCUUAGUUAUAACACUCACGGAAGCUGCCAAAACAAGCUUUUUUUGGUGGAUCCAUUCAAGACAUGGGACCCACAAGGAAAACCCUGCAAGUCCUCCAGCCUUCUGCAGUCAAUAAAAACCUAGGCAGAGUAAUACUGACUGGAAAGGUGGUUCCCAAAAGGAAGCGGUGGAACGCAGAACAAGUGAAGGGCUCAAAGAGGGUGAAAGCUGAAGUUGCUGUCACAUCAACAAAAACAGAGGAUGACAAUCGACCCGACGGCGUUACCAAGGAGACCUACGAGCUAAUGGUCAAAGAAACCCCUCCCUCCUCCUACUGGAAAGCGGUAGCCGAGGAGAGGCGUAAGGCUCUCUACAACGUACUCCAGGAGAACGAGAAGUUGCACAAAGACAUCGAGGCCAAGGAUGAGCAGAUAGCCCAGUUGAAGACCGAGAAUGAUGAGCUUCAGGAACUGGCCCAACAUGUACAGCACAUGGCUGACAUGAUAGAGAGGUUAACAGGAAAGAGUCCGGAAAGUCUAGAAGACCUGCGAGAGAUCGCGCUUGGUGCCGAUGAUGAGGAACUAGAAGAAUCUGAUGAAGAUGACCUCAGUUCCAGCAGUGACUUCACACCCAGGUCGGAUGUCUUGGAUGUCACAGAAGAUGAGGUCACAGAACAACAGGAAGAUGAACGCUCAGGGGAGGAUGAUUGAGUGACUGAACCUUUGACUGUACUAGUGAAAUCCCUUCAGGAGAUGCCUGUGCUUCUCACUUGAAGUGUUAUGGACUCAACAUUCUGGCAUUGACGCCUGUAGUUACUUUAUAUAUUUUCUUAGCUUAACAUCUGAGGUACUUGUGCCCUACUUGUGUAAGAUUUUUUACUUUGAUCAACCACAACCUUUUUACCAUGCAGCUAUGAGAAGAGGUGCUUCCCUCAUAAUUGUUUAAUCCCUUUUUAUUCGUAUAUAUAUUUUUUUUUUUAAAUAACUUUGCUGUUGACUUUUUAAUGUAAUUUGUUGGUAUUCAUUUAAAUUUAGGAUUUUGUUAUGGCGCUGUUGUAAUGCACUCUGUACAUAUCCUUCAGGACUGUCCUAUGAAAUAAAUGCCUUUUAUUUUGUAAUAACUGAGCGAGCACACAUUGAAUAUC